AUGCACUUUCGGUUUUCUAUGAGUAACGACUUCAUCACGAUCAUGUUGAUUAUUCGCAGUGAUGAGGAUGACAAUGAUGAUGGAGAGUCUAGUUUCAAUGCCGCCUCCAACAGGAAGCCUGCCCUGAUUGCCCCUUCUGCAAGAGGAAAGGAGAAAGCCAGUGGUGCUGACACCUCUCCACUGGGGCUUCAGCCAGGACUGCCUUUUGUGCUUGCUGCUCCCUUGCUGAGUCGGGGCCUCGUGUCCCGGAGGCCCUCUCCCCUCCCUGCCGAUAAGAGCCCGACCUCGGCUGGUCCCAGGCCUGGCGUGUUCUGUGGGUCCGUCUCGGAAGAGGGCAACACAACCCUGCAAUGCACCAAGCCCGCGGGGCACUGGAAGAUUGCGGUGUGGGACCAGGAGGGCUUCCAGGGCCGGCGGUAGGAGUUGGCCGCCCAGUGCCCCAGCGCGCUGGAGCUGGGCUUUGAGGCCGUGCGGUCUCUCAAAGUGCUGAGUGGAGCGUGGGUGGGCUUUGAGCGCCCUGGCUUCCAAGGGCAGCAGUACGUGCUGGAGCGGGGCGAGUACCCGUGCUGGGGCGCAGGGAGCAGCCACACGGCUGAGAGGCUCACCUCCUUCCGGCCUGUGGCCUGUGCUAACCACCGGGACUCGAGGCUGACCAUCUUUGAGCAAGAGAACUUCCUGGGCAGGAAAGGAGAGCUGAGUGAUGACUAUGCCUCCCUCCAGGCCCUGGGAUGGGAUGGCAAAGAAGUGGGCUCCUUCCACGUCCAGUCGGGGGCCUGGGUUUGUUGCCAGUUCCCCGGCUCCCGGGGUUUUCAGUACGUGCUGGAGUGCGACCACCACUCAGGCGACUACAAGCGUUUUCGAGAGUGGGGCCCGCAUGCCCAGACCUCCCAGGUGCAGGAUCCAGCACCCCUGCGAUCCCGAGUGAACCUAGCCCCCAUGUGA